AUGGCGACUUUGUGUUUAUUUGUGGCUCUUUUUAGCGUCACGUUGACUGAGUUGAAUGCUGUUGUUUUUCCAUCGAAACAAAAAGCAUUUGUUCCUCAGCCUGUGACAGGAGGCCAGGGCCGCUCGCAGGACCCGCGGGACACGGCUGUCGAUGACCGGGAAAAGAUCACGUCUGUGACUGUGAGCUGCCACCCGGACUUUUUGGACGUCGUGAUCCAGGCAGAUCUGUUCGGAGUCGGCGCCUCUGUGAAGCCCGGUGAUCUACGGCUGGGAGUGGACAAGGAUGAACGCUGCAAAGCUGUUCCUUUGUCAAAUGAUGAAUACAGAAUCUCCUGUGGACUGCUGGACUGUGGCACCAAACACUGGAUGAUUGAAGAGUCGCUGGUCUACACAAACCUGCUCAUCUACUCUCCUGAGCAGUCUGCCGGAGUGGUCCGAAUGGAGGAGGCUGUUAUUCCGAUAGAGUGCCACUACAAAAGAAAGUACAGUCUGACCAGCUCUGCCCUGCUGCCAAAAUGGAUUCCUUUUGUGUCCACAAUGUUAACUAAGGAAAAAUUGAGUUUUGCUUUGAAAAUUAUGUCUUCUGACUGGCUCUACCAAAGGGGCUCCAAUGUGUUUUAUCUUGGUGACACCAUUAACAUUGAAGCAUCAGUCAAACCUGGACAACACGUGGGCCUCAGGGUGUUCCUGAGCUCCUGUGUGGCAACUCUUUCCCCAGAUGAGCACUCCUCGCCCAGAUAUGUGUUCGUUGAAGAUGGAUGCUUGCGUGACUCGCAAGUUCCUAAUUCAAGAUCCCAGUUUUUGUCAAGGACCCAAGAUGAUAAACUCAAAUUGGUUAUUGAUGCUUUUAGAUUUCAUAAUGAGAACAGAGGAGAGCUGUAUAUGACAUGUCAAAUGAGAGCAGUUCCUGUCAAUGAUGCAAAUUCACGAGAUAAAGCAUGCACAUAUAUUAAUGGAAGAUGGCGUUCAGCUGACGGCAAUGAAUACUUAUGUGGUUACUGUCAAUCCCAAAAGCAAGAGGGCCACAUCCAAGAUAAACAGAGCAAUCAGUUUAGUCCUCGAGGGUUCGGCAGGUCUGAUCUCGGCACCUUCUGGAAAAGUGGACUCAAAGCUCAAGAUCCAGAGAAAGAGGCCUCAGUUGGUCCACUUAUAGUCUUCCCAGUCAAAAAGAGAAUUGAGCCAGAAGAAAAACGUAUGUAUGGCAGUAUCUGGAGAAGUGGGAAGGCCACGAAUACAGAUGACAAGGGAUUAGUUCCUGAAAGCUCUGAUACAAAAAACCUUCCUGAGAUUGAGGAAGACUCCUCUCCAGAUGCAACUAGUGUUGAUGAUGCUGAUUUGGAUGAUGAAACUUCAGAGGAAAAAGCAGAAAAUGAAGUGAAGAGUGAAAAGCUGGAAGAACGGUCAAAUAUCAAACACUAUGAAGACUCAAUCGACGUGGAAGAAAGAGACGAUUUUGACAAUGAAGACCUUCCUGGAUUCAGUCAAAGAGCACAGCUGAACUGCUACUAUGUCAUCUACCUCUAUCAGGGAACAAGAUCUGAGACCUCUGGGGAAAAUGAGGCAUGGAACCAGCGAAGAGCAGACUCUACAACAAGUCAGGAUGACUUUAGUCUGACCCUCAUAGACAGCAGCCUGCCGGCAGAGGCUGAGCCAGAGCUGAGGACCUACAUCUCCAGACGGCUGAGCAAAGGAGCACUGCUCGGAGGGAUGGGCAACAUUGCUACUGUAGAGCUCAGUAUUCCUGAGCAGGCAGUGGGUUGCUACUGCUGUCUCCUGGAGCAGGAAAGGUCCCCAGAGCAACCAGAUUCCGAUGGGAACGGAUAUGUUAUUUGCUUUAUGGGAGGCACCGAGAAGGGGCUUAACUUAUUUCGAUUAGAGCUGGAUAAAUAUGUCCAGGGCCUACACAGCAGUUUGCAGACUCCAGAGCUUCUCAAUCUGGAGACAGAGGUGCGGCCGUAUCUGAGCCGCUGGUACGAAGAGUCCGUGAUGCACAUCCACCGCGUCGUGCAGCUCGUCCAGACCAACAUCAGCUUCUUACUACAUGCAGCGUUGAGCCACACACCUGUAGAGGUCAUAAACUCAGAUGAGCGAACAAAGGCGGAUGUAUCGAGGUUCAUCAAAGCCGCCAGUCUCCAGGGCUUAUCCCAACAGGACACCACAGUGGCGUCUUUAUGCAAAGCCAUGUCUGAAGAUGUUCCGUCAGAUCUCCUCAUGGACUGUGCCACCAGCCCCCCCACCCUGAGCCACACAGUGAGCAACCGUUUCUGUGACGACUGGAUCCAGGCGUUUCUAAAUGCGGCAGAGCGCAGUAACCCUUUCCUUCUGCGACAAAUUCUGGAAAACUUUAAAUUAAAGGCCAUCCAGGACAUGAACAGCCUGAAGCGGUUCGUGCGGCAGGCCGAGAUGAGCCACUACGCGCUGUUCCGCUGCUGUCAGUUCCUGCAGAGCUGCGGCAACGGCGACGUGCUGCUGCAGAACGCCCGCUCCGAGCACCGCGACAGCACCGAGGCCUGCAGCAUCAUCAGUGUCCUGGAGGAGUUCAUCCAGGAGCACGCUUAA